GCGCGACCACCAAGGAAUCUAUAAUCAACCAUCGCAACGAUAACAUAAAAGUCAAUAUCGCACACACAAAAUGCCAAAAUCAAAGCGUAGCAAAGAAGUUAAACUCACAGCAGUGAAGAAAAAUGCUAAAGAACGCAAAGUUAACCUCGUGGACUCCAUCCGCACAUCGAUAGAGGCACCCGAAGGUAUAGAAGAACGCUUCGUAUACGUAAUCGCAUUGAACAAUCAACGAAAUUCACCGUUAAAAGAAUUGAGAACUAUACUUAAGCCCGGGCGUCUGUUCUAUGGCAAGAACAAAGUAAUGCAGCUGGCGCUGGGCGCCAAGCCUGAGAAUGAAUUGUUGGACAAUCUCCAUAAAAUAGCAGAGUGUAUAAGUGGAGAACGCGCACUACUCGUAAGUAACGAAGCUCCCGAUGUAGUUAGGAAUAAGCUUGAGAGCUAUAAAGUAAAUGAUUUCGCCAAGGCAGGUAAUGUCGCCACAGAAACCAUUUUACUGAAGCCGGGCGAUAGUACACUCGAGGUGUUUCCUGGUAACAUGGAGCCACAGUUUCGCCAUUUGGGAAUGCCAACUACUUUAAAAAUGGGCAAAAUCGAACUGCUAGGUGAUUACCUUGUUUGCGAAGAAGGCAAGCCAUUGACACCCACGCAAGCAAAGGUACUCAAGGUUUUGGGAAUUCGGAUGGCGCUCUUCGAGUGUACAAUCCAUGCACACUGGAACAAUGGAACAUUUAGAUUGAUCGGUACCUGAGAUUCACAUAGUGUGUAAGCGUAGACACUAUAGCUUCAAGUGAUACUUUGAUAAGCAUUUCGUAUAUCGCGAAUCACAACGGUGGU